AUGGAUUUACGCAGUGGAAAGGUGUUGGGUGAAGAAGGAGACGGUUCUUCGGAUAUGGAUAGUACUGAAGAAGCAAGCACAGUGACCAGAAUGGAAGAAAGGGGGGAACAACAAGUGAGUAGACAAGAAGCAAGCGGGGGUAUUGAAAGAAUAUUAAAGGAACUAUUUCAAGAACAGAAGAAGGAUAUUGAAGAAAGAGACAGAAAACAAAAGGAAGAAAGACGAAAGGAAAAGGAAGAAGCGAUUAUGGAAAAGAAGAAGGAAAAAGAAGAAUCUGAUAAGAAACAGGAUGAACUAUUGAAGGAGAUAGAGAAAACACAGGAAGAAAAGCAUGAAAAAUUGAAAAUGGAGUUAGAAGAAAGAGAUAGAAAACAAAAGGAAGAGAGUGAUAGAAAAUGGACAGAAAUAGUAGGGGAAAUUGCAAAAGUGAGUGAAAAAAUCGAUAAGAAGAAUGAAGAACUUAAAAAUGAAUUUAAAGCGAAACAAAAGAAGUUCGAAGAAAGACUGGAAAGAGUAGUAAAUCGUAUAGAAGAAAGACAAGAAAAUUUGAAAGAAGAAGUACAAAAAAAUCAAGAGGAAUGUGUAAGAAGAUGCAAGAAAAUUUAG